AUGCAAGUAGAAAAAUUCAAAGCAGCCUGUAAAGACCCAAGCUCAGAUCAAGUCUUCAUAGAUCAAUUUAUAAAUCAACCUUUAACUUCAAUUCCAAUAAUUAUAUCAAACAUCAACUUUCAAGCCAACUUAAGAACUGAAAAUGAAAUCAUAGAAAGACAAAGAGCUUUAAUCAUCUUAAAAAGAACAAUAGAAAACAUCAAAAACUGGAAUCCAAAAGAAAUUCAACUAAGAGAUGAUCUACUGAAAUUUAUGUUAAAUCUUAAUGGAAAAUUAAAUCAUCAAAAUGAAGAGACAGAAGUGGAUCAAAAAUUUAUGGAAGAAUCAAAUGAAAUCAUUUCACAAUUGAUCAAGAUUCAGUGUUUAACUAAUGAUCUUACUGAUUUAGAUUCACUUUUGAUUGGAUACAAUUUAAAUCUUUCUACCAUUUAUCUUAUUUUAAAAUCAAUUUCUAGUAUUUCCAAUUUAAGAUCAAAACUUAUCAUCAAAAGAUAUUCUAACAAACAUUUCCUUGAAUUCUUUGAGCAUUAUCAAAAUCAACAACAAAUUACUUUAAAUUUUGAAAUUAUCUCCAUCUUAUCAAUUGAAAGCUUUGAAGAAAGUCAAUUACAAGAACUCAGCAAUAGAUUUGAAUCAGAUUUAUUAUCAAUGAUUAUAAACUCUACUACUAUAAAUGAAGAAUUAAUUCUUCAAUAUAGUAAUUUCUUUUUAAAUUCAAAUCAGAUCAAUCAAACAAUCAUCAAUACUUAUUCUACCAUAAUCCAACAUCCUCAAUUAUCAAAAGGAAUUUUAAUCAAAGCUUGUGAAAUCAUUUUACAAGCUUUGGAUUCAUGGAGUUCAUCUCAAUCCAUUGAACUUACAGCUGAACAACUUUAUAGUUGGUCAAAUUUGAUUGUUUCUUUGUUUUCUGUAAAUCCAGAAGAUGAAGAGCAUUCAAUCCCUUCAAGUUUAUUUGAAUAUUUUUCAAGAAUUCAUCAAUUUUCAUUUUUACUUUUAAUUCAAAAUCUUUCAUCAGAAACUCAACAUCAAUUAAGUAUCAAAGUAUAUACUUUUGGAUUAUGGAUUGGAAGCAUCAAACAACAUGUUGAAUCGACUAUCAAUUUAGAAUUAAUUUUAAACAAUCAAUUCAAUAACUUAUUUGUUCCAAUUCUACAAUCUAUUAAUGAUCAUAAUAUUGAAGAAUGUGUAAUAGAUAAUUUGGCUUUUACAAUGAGAAAAAUUAUACAAAACCAUCAAGUUUCCAAUUUAUUUCGAUCUCAAGCAGAAUGGAUUUUAAUUCAACUAUAUAUUAUGAAUCCUUCUUAUCUAACCCAAUUAUCAACUUUGGAUGAAUUGGUAAUUGGAGAAGAGGGUGUGGUUAUUGAUUGGAGUAAUGUUUUGGAAUGUCUCUCUGAACAGUUAAAGUAUGAUUUAGAGGCUUAUACCUUUCUUAAGACAUUGAUUUGUUCUAAUUUAUCACUUAUGAAUGGGUCUGUGGAAAAGUUUUGUGAUUUGAUAAUUAAAACUUGGACCAUUGAAUUGAAUGAAACUCUUAAAGAAAGACUUAUGGAUUCUUUCAAUGAUUUAAUCAUGGACUCUUUUCAAAUCUUGAUUCAAUCUGUAAACUCAACCGAAUCAACCAAACUAAAAAUUUUAAAAACUUUUUCACAACUUCAAGUCCCUACAACUAAUUUGAUUUCUUCAUUGAUUUUAUUGAUUCCGAUCCAAGAUUUAUUUCAAUUUGAUGGUUUAUUUGGUUUAAUUCAAAAUUCAAUUCAAAAGCAUGAAGAAGAUGAAGAUGAAGAUGAUUGGUUUGUUUUGAUUCGAUUAGUAAUUCUUAGUUCAGCUUUUGAUAUGAGUUUGUUAAUGAAUCAUAAAGAUGAAAUCUCCAAUCUGUUUAAUCUUUUGAUUCAUUCCACAAAGGAUCAAGAAAAGGUUUGUAAGCUGUUUUUGGAUCUUUGUGUAUUAAAUCUAAACGUCUUUUUAGAAACUUUAAACCUUUUUCCAAGUUAUUACCAAACAUUAUUCAAUCAAUGGAAAUCCCUAUUUAAAUCAACUAAUUUACAAAUAGAUCAAAAGAAAAUUGUUAAAUCAUUUAAAUUAUUAGGAGAAAUGAAAGUUUAUGAAGGGUUGUUAAAAGAGAUUCAGGUUGAUGAAGAUCAUGAAAAUGAAGAAGAUGAUAAGGUUAAUGAAGAUGAAAAUGAAUGGGGAGAAAAGAAUGGUUUGGGUAGAUUUGGUUCUUAUGAAUUUGUUAGAUUGAAAACAUUAAAAGAUCAUUUGAAGAAUAUGAUUAAUUUAGAUUGUUUCGAAGAUGAUGGUUCAAGAAAUGGAGAAUAUUUAUUAAGUAACAGUAGUUGUGAAAGUGAUUUAAUCAAUCAUCAAGAGGAUCAAUCAAUUAGUUCUGAGAUGAUUAGUCAUCCAAAUUUAAAUAGUUGGAAUAUAUCAGAAUCUGAUGCUUGGUAA